AGUGUAUCUGUGGAUUGAAGAUUACUUAAAAAAGAAGUUGUCAAAACAUACCUAACCUAAAAAGCCCGGUUACUUUACUUGUGCUUGCUUUAUAAUUUUAAAGAUAACUGAACUGAUUAUAAAUCUUUGAAUAUGUCUAUGAAGUUAAUUUCUAGAUAACAAUUAUAAAAAAUGAAGUUCGUAACACAUUUCUUUAGUACUUCUUGAGUUCAUUCUGAACUCAGAAAACCCACGCCGCUUAGUUUAACAAAGAAAAUAUCAGUAAAAAGAGACUAUGGAAUCUCCUGUGUCGGCUUUUGCUGUAUACAACGCUUCUAAAAACCAACCAAAAAAGAAAAAGAAUAAAAAAGUCAAAAAUGCAACAGCUUCCAAAAUCCUCAAUAAAGAUAUCGGGGAUGAUCUUAAGAAAGAAAUAGCAUUAAAACUUAAACGUCAGCAAAACAAGUUUAAAGAAUCGAAAAACAUCUGUAAAAAAAAGGUGCACAAGAAAAAAAAGUCGAAAAAGACCACAAAAGCUACUAUUCAAAAUGGUAAGAAAAAGUCUUCAGAUAGUGCGGACGAAGAUGUUCCUCAGUUAUUACAAGCUCCGAUAAAGAAACAACUUGAAAUAUUCAAUUUUGAGAGGUCACCUUCCCAGUCAAGUACUAACAGCUUUGAAUUUACCCCAAUUGAAACUGACAGUGUGGAAGAAGGAUUAAAAGUGUUCAAAUGGAUGAUUGCGCCAUUCAGCCCCGAAGAUUUUCUCAACCAAAUAUGGGAAAAAAAGCCACUUCAUAUAUCCAGACAAAAGUCAAGGUACUACAAUGAAAUAAUUUCCACACCAAUUAUAGAUUCUAUGUUACGAAAUGAAAACAUUCAGUUCACGAAAAACAUUGAUAUCACAUCUUAUAUUGAUGGCAAGAGGGAAACUCAUAACCCUGAAGGUAGAGCGCAUCCUCAUCUUGUCUGGGACUUCUACUUAAACGGUUGCAGCAUUCGAUUAUUGAACCCCCAAACAUAUAUAGCAAAGUUGCAUCUUUUAAAUGCUACAUUACAGGAAUUCUUCCAUUCUUUUGUUGGGGCCAACGCUUACUUAACUCCACCAGAUAGCCAAGGGUUUGCACCACAUUACGAUGAUAUUGAAGCAUUUAUUUUACAAACUGAAGGCAAGAAGCACUGGCGGAUUUAUAAACCCAGAGAUGAACUAGAAACUUUACCAAGAACAUCAUCAAAGAAUUUUACUGAACACGAAAUAGGUGAACCAAUAUUAGAAGUGACUUUAGAAGCAGGCGAUAUGCUAUACUUUCCUAGGGGUUACAUCCAUCAAGGAGUAACUAUAGAUGGAGAGCACUCGUUACAUGUAACAGUGAGCAUGUAUCAGAAACAUGCGUGGGCAGAUUUGUUUGAAAAAAUGAUCCCCGCAGCACUACAGAUGACAAUAAAUGAAAAUAUUGAAUUAAGAAGGGGACUACCCAUUGAUAUUUAUGAUAACUUUGGUCUAGUGCAUUCUGAUGUUAAAACGCCGCGCAAAGCGGAAAUUGUGCAGCAAGUAAAAAAUUUAUUUAACAAAAUUCAAGAAUACCUACCAAUUGAUGAAGCUGUGGACCAAAUGAGCAAGAAAUUCCAGCAGGAUGUUUUGCCACCUGUUUUAACUGAUUUAGAGAAAGCUGUUACCGUAUACGGUGACACAGAUGUCAUGGUGGAAAAUGGAAAAGUGACUAACAGAGUAGAAAUAAGCUUAGAUACAAGGAUAAGACUGUUACGUAAAAAUAUACUAAGGAUGGUGUCUGAAGAAAGUAUCAGGCUGUAUUAUUAUGCAGAGAACUCUUUGGAAUACCAUGGAAAUGAACUUCCCUUUUUAGAAAUAGAAGAGGAUUUAGCUCCUGGUAUAGAAACAUUAAUAAAUACCUAUCCGGAAUAUGUUUCAGUUGAAAAUCUAGAUAUACCAAAUGAGACAGACAAGUUACAAUUAGCUGAUGCACUGUGGAGCAGAGGUUUGAUCAUGACGGAGUAUCCAUUGGAGAAUUUAGAUGAUGAUUAAAGUUUUGUAUGUAGAA